GCCCAGGUCUCUUUUAUUCCUUGCUCUGUGCUGACGACAGACAGCGCUUUUUCUUCUUUACUCGAUUUCGUUUUCCCCGCUCUCUUUACAAAGUCUAUUUCACACCGUGCAAGAAAUGUCCAGCCUGUUUGAAACCAAGCCGUCGCUUGACGACGUCAAAGCGCUUCUGCAAAAGACCAGCGGCAACUUCAUCCCUGUGUACCAGGACGUGCCCUCUGACCUUCACACGCCAGUGACGGCGUAUCUGAAGCUGGCGCAGGGCAGCAAAUACUCGUUUCUGCUGGAAUCAGCGGUCGGAGGCGAGAGCAUCGGACGGUACUCGUUUAUUGGAGCAAACCCGUACAAAGUAAUGAAGACGGGGCGGGCCGAGAACAUCACCGGCGACCCAUUGGUGCCUCUGGAGAAGGAGCUGAACAGUGUGCGGUAUGUGCAGGUGCCAGGGCUGCCGCGCGGUUCGGCAACGGGCGGGGCAUUCGGGUAUAUUUCGUACGACUGCGUGCAGUACUUUGAGCCGCGGACGGCAUGCGAGCUGACCGACCCGAUUGGGCUGCCGGACUCGAUCUUUUUGUUCUGCGACUCGGUGGUGGCGUUCGACCAUCUGUACAAGCAGCUCAAGGUGAUUGCGCAUAUUCGUGUGCCCGACGCGGCGACGGACGCGCAGCUGGCGGAGCUCUACGCUGCGGCGUCGGAGCAGAUUGGUAGGACAAUCAGCGUCCUGUUUGACGACAUGCCGGUGCCGUUCCCGGAGCAGCCGCCGAUUGAGCUUGGCAACGAGUGGGUGUCGAACACGGGCGCCGAGGGAUACAAGGAGAUGGUGCUGGAGCUGAAGAAGCACAUUGUCAAGGGCGAUAUUAUCCAGGCGGUGCCGGCGCAGCGCAUCACACGGCCGACGACCCUCAACCCGUUCAAUGCCUACCGGUACCUGCGGACGGUGAACCCGGCGCCGUAUAUGUUCUAUUUUGACUUUGACGGGUUCCAGGUGGUCGGGGCGUCGCCCGAGAUGCUGGCGCGGGUCAACAACGGCCAGGUAUAUAACCAUCCGAUUGCAGGCACGCGCAAGCGCGGCAAGACUGAGGAGGAGGACAAUGCGCUGGCGGACGAGCUUCUCAAGGACGAGAAGGAACGGGCGGAGCAUGUGAUGCUGGUGGAUCUGGGCCGCAACGACCUGAACCGCGUGUGCAAGCCCGACAGCGUCACGGCCGACAAGCUGAUGGUCGUCGAGCGGUUCUCGCACGUCAUGCAUAUUGUCAGCAACCUGUCUGGGGAGCUGCGCGAGGGCAUGACUGGGUUUGACGCGUUCAGGUCGAUUCUGCCGGCAGGCACGCUGUCGGGUGCGCCCAAGGUCAGGGCGGUGCAGCUGAUCUACGAGCAGGAGAAGGAGCGUCGCGGCAUCUACGGCGGAGCCAUUGGGCAUUUCGGGUACUCGGGCGACCUCGACACGUGCAUCGGCAUUCGCACCAUGGUGUUCAAGGACGGCAAUGCGUAUAUCCAGGUGGGCGCAGGAGUUGUGCACGACUCGGUGCCCGAGAGCGAGUGGCAGGAGACGCUGAACAAGGCCAUGUCCAACAUCACCACGAUUGGCGAGGCCGAAAAGUACCACUAUGCGCUCCAGCAGGCGCAAAAGUAGAGGGUGUGAACAGUCGACUGAUCAAAGGUCAUUCACAAAUAAAGUGCUAGGAAAACAAUCGGGCUGCCAAGGACGAGGGUAGCAGCAUAGCAAUGUCGGCAGAGGGCAUGGCGGGGUGGUUUAGUGUACACGACCAACAAACACAUGAUCCACGGCAUGACGCAUGCGCUUUUUGGCUUGGUGUAGUCAGCAAUGUCUUGGUUUCAUUCAAAAGCAAGAGUCAAAAAGCUCGAUAGAAAAGCU